GUUGUGCCAUCCCUCCUGCGGUGCGGGGGGGCCGGCACUGAUCAGGCAGUAUUUGUCAACCAUGUUAGAGGUUGAACCGGGGUCUGACUUUUCGAAGGCAGUCAUGCAGAGGGGCGGGAGGGACACACGGUCACGCCAGGGGCCCCAGAGGAUGGAGGGAAGGGGCAAGCGGCAUGAGCCGCCUAGGAGGGAGCCUACGCCUGAGUUCGAUGACGACAACAUUGAGCUUUUCUUGGACGUAUAUCGGGACCAUGCGGCACAGAGAGGGUGGUCAAUGGUGGAGAGGAUUCACCACUUGAGGGGUAUAGGGCGGUUCGAGGAGCCCGUCGCUCAGAUAUGUGAGGAGGCCCUGACUUGGCCAGACGUGGAGGCCGGGAUGCAGAGGUUGAGAGUUUCCCCUACGGGGCGUGACGGCAUGCCCAUUCGAUUGGAGGAGGGGAACACAGAUGAGUUCAUCCCCGCAUAUGAGCACUACACGUUGAGUCUGGGGGUUGCACAGGAGGAAUGGGUCCAGGCCCUACAUAUCUGGACAAGGCAGGCAGAGAAGCAGGUGGCCAAGCAGAUUCAGGAGAGGGCUCGAGACUGGGAGGACUGUCAGGCCCAGCUCAGUAGGGCGUUCGGACGGCCACAGCACGAGAGGCACGAGCCCAGGGUUGAGAAACGACGGCGAAGCAAGAAGCCAAGGGAACCGGCACCGAGAGAGACGGGGUUGGCCAGAGAGAGGAGGGGAGCCCCAGCGCAGCGGGAGGAUGAGCCCGCAGGGCCCGCACUGGCAGAAGAGUCGUUCCCUGCCUGUGGCCUCCGGGCGGUUGAGUUUUGGUGGAUUACGAGUGAGGAGUUGAGGCCGCCCUCGCCACUGCCAUCAAUGCAGGAUCUGGACAUACCAAGAGAGACGCCAUUCCGAAGUUUAACGACUCAUCUUGAUGUAUCCCAAUGGGAGGCCUCACGGCUGGGAGAGGGCUCAGUUGAGCCAGCGUGCUACGUGCCAUUGGAGGAGCCCCACGACCCCGAGAUGGAGACAGACACGCGAGGCCGAGAGGAGCCACAGGAUCUUGAGAUGGCAGUCGAGCGGCCGGAUCCGCGUUCAUGGCCAGAGGGGAUUCCUGAGCCGGGCAGCGAGGAGAUUCCGGAGUCCCCUGCGGCCACCGUCAUGCCUGAGCAGGAGGCAGAGGCGGAGGAUCAGGGAGUGUGUGAGAUAGAGGGGAUGGAGGCGCCCCCUGACCUGCCAUCGUCCACGCACGUGACUAGGAGUCCGGUCAUCGAGGAACCCGUUCCAGCGGAGUUACCGCCAGUAGUGCCAUGCGCGAGCGAAGGGAUGAGGGCCGAGGCGAUGGCUCCAGAGGGCCAGGGGCCGCGAGUGAGAGGGACCCCGAGGGAGACCCGCGAGGAGAAGUCCGCCCGGUUGCGAGUCCGUCUGGACGAGAUACAUGCGAAGCAAGCUGAGAUGGAGGCGGCAGGGAUAGAGCCGACACCGCCAGUCGAGCCCACGACGAGCGAGCAGAGGAUUGACGAGUUGUUGGCUAAGUAUGAGAGUCAGAGGGAUGCGGCCCGCCAGAGGCCACGAGAGGCAGGACCGACAGGCGAGGGGACGAGUGAGUUGAGGGACAUGGGAGACAUGGGAUUCUCUGCGACCAGGAUGGCGAUUGAGCGCAUGGAUCGGAGUGUAUGCGAUACGGCAGUCACAUCUUUCCAAUGGUAUAAUUUACUCAGCAAUGAGCUCAGGGUUAAUGAGUUGGAGGCGUCGUCGAGUCAGGGAGUAGCAGUGGAAGUCCCUCGUCAGGCCGAGCCGAUGGAGGAGGCGCCCUUGGACGCAGUCGAGAAGGAGAGUGGCGCGCAGGAGUCGCUUAUGGCUAUGUCCACGGAGAGGAGGGGUUCGCGCUUGCAUGAGUUGGCGGCAGCCAUGGGGAUAGGCACUCCACAAGAGGGGCCUCAGGGACUUGACGCUCCAGAGCAUGCCCCGAGGUGGGGAGAGUUGAGGGCGGAGCUGGGCUCCUGGGCCACGGGGACAGACUCAGGAGUGCUUGACUCGCGACGGCAAUAGCGGCAGGAGGUCAUGAGUGAGCCCGCCGCUAUGAGGGGCUCUCAGCCGAUAGGAGUA